GGGUCGACGCCUUCCUCGUCGGCCAGCGAUAGUCGGAGUAGAAGUAGAAGUCGAAGACGUGACUCGACUUCUUCGGUGACAUCUCGUGACGGAUCAGAGGGUGAGAGCAGAAAGAGGAUGGCAUUGAUUAGCGAGAAGUUGUCGUCAAAUCACAGGGAAGUGUUGGAACAGAAGCAGAGACUGAAAGCCAAGUCUAAGGAAGAGAUGAGACGACGGAAAGAGGUCUAUAAGGCUUUGGAGACACCGGAAGAGAAACGGAUGAGACGUCUGGCGAAGAAAGAGGCGAAAGAGAAGAAACGCAAACUCAUGAGUGGUUGGGAUGAGGAGUACAUGGGAUACACGAAUGCGGACAACCCUUUCGGCGACGCAAACCUUCACAAGACAUUCGUUUGGCACAAGAAAUACGACAAAAUGGGUCUCAAGAAUGUGAGCGAAGAGGAGAUCGACCGCAUGAACCGCCAGAAGAUGCAAAUGACUAAACGAGAGCUCGAGAAGGUUAAGGAGAGACGUCUCGAGAGGGAACGGGAGAGGGAGAUGAGGGACGACGAGAUGUCGCGGAUGCAGAGAGAGAAGGAGGCGGAACAGUUCAAGGAGUGGGAGAAACAGGAAGACAUCUUUCACUUAAAACAGGCCAAACUCAGGUCUAAACUGCGGAUCAAUGAGAACAGAGCCAAACCCAUCGAUUUGCUCGCGAGAUAUAUCAGUGCUUUCGGCGAUGACAUCGGAGUCGACGAAGAGUCCGAAAAGACCGAAAAGACUGAAGAAAUGGCCACCGAUUUAGUCGAGCCCUACCUCUGCCUCAAUGGCCUUCGGAUCAAUGAUUUGGAGGAUCUGUUCGAAGACAUCAAAGUCUAUAUGACUCUCGACAGCCAAAAGAAUUUAGAGUUUUGGAAGGAUUUGCAGAUUAUAGUGGAGGACGAGUUGAGUAAACUUAAGAAAUGUCAGACACAGAGUGCCGUCGAGAGGAGGGAAGGCAUUAAUCCUGCCGUCACUCAGGAUGUCGUGCAGGUCUUCAAAGACAAAACUCCGGCACAAUUGCAAGCCUUACAGAAAUCUAUAGAAACCAAAAUCCAUUCCAAUGAAGAGGGCAUUGAUAUCGGAUAUUGGGAGUCAUUGCUGUCCAGACUUAAGGCACAUAUAGCCAGAGCCAGACUCCGGGAGCUCCACGAACUGAAUCUCAAUAAGAGAUUGAAUCGAUUGAGAGAAGAACAAAAGGGCCACAAAAUACCUCAAACCAUAGCAAACGAGCCAUUAUUCCCCAUCAUUGACACCAACACUGACAUAAAGCAAGAAGAGAUGGCCACCACUUCCAGAGAAGAAGAUGACGACAAGUUUGAAGAAGAAGAAGCAGAAGAAAUGGAUCCGUUUGCCAAAUGUAUUGAAGACUACGAAAGGGGUCAAUACUCACCGAAGUUAUUGUCGACGAAUGACAUUGAAUUGCAAACAAUGGUUAUUGAAGUGGAAGAAGAUAUGCGAAGAUUAGAAGAACAGAGGAAAGGCUUAUUAAAUGUGGACUCAAAUGAAGGCAAGACAAAGGGUGCGAUGAGUGCCGCUGAACAGGCGUUUGAAAAGGAGGCGCGAAAGGGUAUGAAUGACGACGAGGCCAUCUUCAGUGUCGAGGAACAGAUCAAAGAAGUGGAGAAGCAGUACUCGUGGUCUGAUAAAUACCGCCCCCGAAAGCCCCGGUAUUUCAAUAGAGUUCAUACGGGAUUUGUCACCUUAUUUAUGUUGGUUUGGGUAAUGCUACACCUAUUGGGCGGCGGGUUUCACCAACUGUUCAGCGUCUGCGGAUGGAUAUUCUACACUGCCUGUGCCGAGAACCGAGACUUCGCGCAAAUUCGGUUCAGUUCUGGUCCGCCGUAUGAAGACAUUUGCUUCAAAAUCGUGAACAGAGAGUGGAAUUUCUCGUACAAAAGUGGUUUCCGAAGUCAGUUCCACAACAACAUCCUUCAGCUGUGGUUCCACUUCAAGCGCUACCGAUACCGACGAUAA